UGGUGGUGGGAUGGCGGAAUUGCUCUCUUUUGCGGUUCCCACCGAGAGUGACAAAACCUUGCUGGUGUGGGAGCUGAAUUCUGGACCCACGGCCGAGGCCUUGCAUCAUUCUCUGUUCACAGUCUUCUCCCAGCAGCUUCAGUUGGAGAAAGUUCGUCUUGGCACCAAACAUAAGGCGGUUCAACAUCAGGCCCUUGCCCUAAACAGCUCCCAGUGCCAAGAAUUGGCAAAUUAUUACUUUGGUUUCAAUGGAUGGUCAAAAAGGAUCAUCAAGCUUCAGGAUCUUUCUGACCUUGAAGAAGGGGCGAAGGAAGAUACUGCAGCACCACUUCAGAAACAGAGGCUGAAAUUCUUCUGUGCUUUAGAGGUGGUGUUGCCAUCCUACGGGUGCCGGAGUCCCGGAGCUGGCAUGGCUGAGGAGCCUUUGGAUAACCUGGAGGAAGGGCCAUUAUCAUUUCUUAAGAAAAGGAAGACCACCCAGAAGCUUGCUAUUCAGAGGGCUAUGUCAGACGCAUUCCAGAAACUGUUGAUCGUGAUUUUAGAAAGUGGUAAAAUAGCUGUGGAAUACAGACCCUGUGAAGAGAUCACAGAUGCCAGUAUCGAACACGAGCUACAGGUCAGCUACUUUUCUUGGAAGCAGUAUGGCCAGGGGGAGGAAGAAUAUCUUUCGGAUUUAAGCUUUGAAGAACAAGAAUUCAAAUUGCGAGAGCUGGACUAGCAUUUAUUAAUUUCCCAGGAUGCCAAGUCCCGUAGCUUCCUUGGGAGCUCAGCCCCUCUCUCCCACC